AUGCAAGCUGAAUUAGAUGCCUUAAAGGCUAAUCAUACAUGGGAACUCACUGAUUUGCCUCUUGAUAACAUGACAGAUUCUUCUUUAUUCAUCAAGCAUACAAAAUCUCCAUUUGUUGCAUUGCUUGUUUACGUUGAUGGCUUGAUUGUGGCUAGUGAUAAUAUUCAAGAGAUUACAAGCAUUAAGGCUUAUUUGCACUCUACUAUCAAAAUCAAAGAUCUUGGCACAUUGAAGUAUUUUUUGGGUUUUGAGGUUGCUAGAUGUGCUUCGGGAAUCAGUAUCUGUCAAAGGAAAUAUACUCUUGAAUUGUUAGAGGAGUUUGGUUUUUUAGAAGCUAAACCUGUGCAAACUCCAAUCUCUCCUGGUCUUGAUCUUCAUGAUUCUAAUGUUGCUUUGUUGUCUGAUAUUACUGAUAAACCUACUGUUAUUUAUCUUCAAGCUGCUCAUAGAAUUCUACAAUAUUUAAAGACUGCUCCAGGACAGGGUCUUUUUUAUCUAGGAACAAAUGACUUAAAAAUACAAGGUUUUUCUAAUUCUGUUUGGGCUUCAUGUUCUCUUACUCGUAAAUCGGUAACGGGAUACUGCAAUUUCAUUGGUAAUUCGCUUGUAUCCUGGAAGUCCAAGAAGCAAAGUACAGUCUCCCGGUCAUCUUUAGAGGCUGAAUAUAGGGCAUUGGCCACUGCUACUUGUGAAUUGCAGUGGUUAGCAUAUUUGUUUGAAGACUUUCAUAUUUCUGUUCCUUCUGUUUUGUUGUUCUGUGAUAAUGAAUUUGCUAUUCAUCUUGCCAAAAUCUCAGUUUUUCACCAGUGA